AAUCAUUCUAAUCACGAACACGUGGAACAUCUAUUGUUGCUUUUCUCCGAUGACCGUUACAUUGCCGUGAAUGGAACCUAACCUUUCAUCUUAGUAUAUUACCCUAUAAAUUAAACAAACUAGGAGUUUACCACACACAUUAUGACCGCAAGAUCAAGUUAAUCAUUCCUAAUUAACACCGCAUAGCUUCCGAAUCAACAAAAACAGCAGUUAAAAACCUAACUCCUUUCUAAAGAUGUCGGAAGCCCCGGUGGUAUCCACGACGACGCCGACGGAGCUGCUGGCCACGGGGCGGCGGCACCUGGCCGUGCGUGACUACACGGCCGCCACGGAGGUGCUGGCGGGCGCAUGCGAGGCCCUGGCUGCGGAACAUGGGGAUACCGCUGACCAGUGCGCUGAGGCUUACUUGUGGUAUGGCAAAGCCUUAUUGGGUCUGUCACGAGAAGAGAGUGGAGUUCUCGGGGACGGAGUGCCGGGCUCUGGCAAUGCAGAUGAAGAAGAUGAAGGCAAUGAGGAGGGAGAUGAGAAUGGAGAUGCGGAGAAUGGUAAAGAUGAAAACGGCAAAGAUGAGGAAUCAGAGAAGGUGGUCACAAACGGAGGGGCUGAGAAGAGUGAGGCAGAAUCCACUACCAAGGAUGAGGAGCCUGCCGCCAGCUCCACCAAGCCUGAAGGAGAGGCGGAGGCUGAUGCUGAGGCUGAACAACCAGGCCCAUCAAAUGGAGAAGUAGAUGAAUCCACAGCAGAAGACGCAGAGGACGAGAACGACGUUGACAACCUGCAGUUGGCCUGGGAAAUGCUUGAACUAUCCCGCUCCAUCCUCGAGAAGCGCGUGACAGCGGGCGGCGGCGACGCGGCGCGCGCGGCGCUGGCCGACGCGCACCUGGCGCUGGGCGAGGUGGCGCUCGAGAGCGAGACCUACGACAAGGCCGUUGUUGAUAUGCAGAGCUGCCUGGAACUUCAGAAGGAGCUGUACAGAAGCGACGACCGCCGCAUCGCCGAGACACACUACCAAAUAGGUCUCGCCAACUCACUCGCAUCCAACUUCGAGGACGCAAUCACACAUUUCAAGAACGCGGCGAACAUUCUAGAAACCCGCAUCGCAACCCUCGAGAACCCGACAGCCGCUAAAGACGACGCCACCGUCAAGAAAUACUCCGCCAACGAUCCCUUCUACACCGUAGACGGGGAAAUCAAAGAGCUGAAGGAGUUACUGCCAGAGAUUAGGGAGAAAAUACACGACAUGAUGGACUACAAAGCUGAGACAAUAAAGCGAGUAAGAGAGACUCUCUGUCCGUCCAACGGCGACGGAGCAUCAUCCAGCAGCAAUGGCGGUGGCAUCAUAUCCAGUUCUUCAGGCGCAUCGUCAUCAACAGCUAAACCCAUCUCCAACAUUUCCCACCUCAUCAAGCGGAAGCGGAAGUCAAGCGAGGGCGCCGCCGACGAAGGAUCCGCGGCAAAGAGGACCAACACAUAGAGUAAAAACUUUUUGUCUGUGGUUUGAAGAGAAAAAAAGUUCUCUAAAAGGCUCGAAAUUUGAAUGGGACUCCGCGCGUUUAUUCAAAGUUGUAAGCUGUUUGGUGUUUCUUCGGUUUAUACUGUUGUUUGCUUUAUAAACGCUUUGGAUUUAUACACGCGGAGUUUGAGACUGAAUAAUAAAUUAUUUGUACAUUUAUGUGGCGACCGCGAAUGUUUUCGCAUCUUUUCUAUCAUCUACAAUAUAAGAACGUUGAUAUUAUAGGCACAUUUCAUGUUUCAAGGUCUACGUCUAGCAUUUGUUACUGUUACUGAGUAUGAUGGUUAUUUUGUUAACUAUCUGAGGAUUAGCAGUGCUGUAGUGAAAAGUGAACUGUUUUUGUUUAGUACCCAGUGUCUAAUAGGUAGUGCUGAGUAGUGCAUAGUUGUUAAAUACAAUUAUAAUAAAUUAGAUAAAUGUCAGAAGGAAACAUUUUCAAUAGAUCUAGAUAUUCUUAAUAAGUGUCCUGAAUUUUUCUUCUAAUGUUUUAAGUUUCAGCUAGUUUUAUUUAUUUUAUAUUUUUAUAGCGUGUAAGAUUAAUUAAGUUGAAAAUACAUUUUUAAGUAAUAACAAUAA